UGGUAGGAUGGGGUUGUGAUGGGCUGAGUACGGGUUCCCCUCGCAUCAGUGCAAGUCAAGGCACAUAGCAGAAGCCACCGCCUGGAGGCAAAGACGCAUGGAACUGAAUCUGCUGUGCUGGAGACCAAGAAGAAGUGGAGUGCUAAUCCUGUGUAUCCCUGAGAGCAGUCAAGUUUACACUGGUGCAUACCGACUCGCUGCACUGCAAGUCCUUUUCUCCCCCCUAUGCAACUGUUGCGCGUCUCCACUUUGGAUAGAAAUAGUUUGAUCACUGCGCGCCGCAGAGCGCAAAGGAUCUGAGGCUUUGGUUUUGAAAUAGUUUGGAGAGACCUCUCCUCAAGACUGCAGCAGCUACGAUGAGGAAACUCUGAAGUGGCAGUUAUCUCCGUCCGCUUUAUGCUUCCUUUGGCUCUUACCAAAGGUUAGCCCAUGUGCAGGUAUCCCCUUGAGUGUGAUUCUGUUUUCACCCAGAUCUCUGCUGCCUGGACAAAUGCAUACAAAUGCAUUUAGGAGCUCAACGGACAAGGAGUGGACACGUUUCCGCGGCAGCAACGUGGAACUUUCUCCUGCUCCUGUCAGUAUGCUCAGCAGCACCCUCUGGAGAAGAAGAUUACCUAGCUCAAGGAGUGGAUAUCCUUUAUCGAUUGGGGCUUACAACUCAAAGCCGCACAGACGAUCCCUACGAAAGGACAAGCUCACAGCCUCCCACUUAUGCAAAUGUUCCCUCACCUUUCGAUGGCCCCUUUUCUGGAUAUGGGGCGUUGCUCGACUCAAACUCCCUCUAUGAGGCUCCAGUGCCCAAUCUAUUCCCUUCAGAGUUUGGCGAAGAGUUCUCCGUUAUAGUUAGCCUAAGCUCCUGGCGAGCAAACAAUGCAUUUCUUUUUAGUAUCAAGGACAGGAUGGACCGGUUGCGUUUUGGCAUUCAGUUGCUGCCACGCAGAGUGGUGGUUUAUACUGCAGAGAAAGCAUCCAUCUACUUCAACUACAAUUGGCAGGAUGGGCGCCUGCACCCUUUUGCUGUUGGGGUUCGUGCACGUUCAGUGUCCUUCUAUGCGAAUUGUGGAGGGGUGCAGCAGUGGGAGCAAACCCUGGGGAGAUCUCAAACACUGGGGCAAUCUGGGGGUGUCUUCACUCUGGGAAGGAUGAACUCCAAGGCGGCACCAUUUAGUGGUCGAGUCUGCCAACUGGAUAUCUAUCCCUCAGCUCAAGCUGCCGCGCACUACUGCAAAUAUCUUAAAAAACAGUGCCGGCUGGCCGACACUUACCGAUUACAUUUCCCACAUUCUGAUUCGGAUAUUGUGGUGAAUGACCCCCCUUCUAGCCAUUUGACAAAGUCUCUUCUUGGAGUAGCAGCUACUCAAAAUACACCCGUCGGAUCCACAGCAGCCAUUAAACUAUCCCCAGAUCGUUUGGUCACGCAACAUUCAACUCUGAGCCCACCAAUACGACCUCAUCUGGGGGACCAAGAAAACAUUUCCACAUUGGAACCAUUAUCCCACUCUGCCACAUCAUCACUCCAGCUUUAUAGCCCCACCGUAACUACGCCAAGUAGUCAAGCAGCUCUGGGUCUUGCCUAUAGCACAACAACCACCACUACCAAAAAUGUGUUGGCUAACGACACUAGGCCCCAGGGGGACACGGAACACUCUGAAAACAGCACAGAAGAAGAGAGAAAUUCCAGAAAACAGCCAAGUCCGGAUGCCACUACAGGUGUUGUUUCCCUGGUCAGACAGAGCCAACUAAAGGAAGAACUCAGGAACAACUCCAUCACAAGCUCUAGGGACUCUGGCUCCACAACCCAUCAUUUCCCAGAGACUCAUCUGAGAGCCAACAGCACUACUUUGUACAGGGAGAAUCAGGUGGACACCUCAGAGCAGCAUGAUUUGGAUGGCAGCUAUGAUGACGUAGACAUGGGAGAGUACGAUUAUGGAUACGAGGAGCCAGAGUUCUUCUAUGACUACCAAGAUGGUUUACGUGGCCCCAAAGGAGAGCCGGGUCCUCCGGGUCCUCCCGGUCCCCCUGGUUUACCUGGUCCUCCAGGAAAAAGAGGCUCUCGGGGUCCCCCUGGUCCACAUGGAAACCCAGGACAGCCUGGACCACCUGGACCCAAGGGUUCAAAGGGAGACCCUGGGCUGUCUCCAGGUCAGGCUCCACCGGGAGAGAAGGGUGACAGAGGACCACCAGGUCGUCCUGGACCCAAUGGAUUUCCAGGCUUACUGGGUCCUAAAGGUUAUCUGGGUCCACCUGGACCACCAGGAGAACAAGGCAUACCAGGACUUCCUGGGGAAGCUGGAGCUGCAGGUUACCCUGGCAGGCAGGGCUCAGCCGGGCCACAAGGUAGCCCUGGGCCUAAAGGUGUUCGUGGUUUCAUUGGGCCUCCGGGCGAUGCUGGCCCACCCGGGCUGGAAGGGGAGAAAGGCAUACCUGGACCUGCUGGAAGACCUGGCCCCAAAGGAAGACAUGGUGUCAUGGGCGAGGCUGGGGAGAGGGGGCCUCCUGGUCCAGAUGGAAAUGAGGGCCCUGUUGGUGGGACUGGCAUAAGUGGCUUUCCUGGUCUAAGGGGAGACCCAGGGCCCGAGGGACCACGAGGACUGCCUGGUAUGGUGGGACCUCAGGGCCCAACAGGACGAGCCGGCCUGCCUGGAUUGAAAGGUGAUAAGGGUGAAACCGGACAAAGGGGCGAGCCAGGAGAGAUGGGGUACCAGGGGGAUAAGGGUGCUGCUGGUGCACCUGGUCUUCCUGGGCCCAGAGGGAAACCAGGGCCACCGGGUAAAAUUGGAGAAAUGGGUGUGCCUGGACCACCUGGGCCUCCAGGACCAGAGGGGUUUCCUGGGGACAUUGGAGCGCCGGGCCCAAACGGACCACUUGGUCCAAAGGGUUUGCAGGGUGAGAGAGGACCCCAGGGUCCGCCAGGGCCUAAAGGAAUACAGGGCGACGAAGGACCACUCGGCCCACCCGGCAGGCCUGGCCCUACUGGGAGACCUGGAAGGAAAGGCCACAUAGGUGAACCUGGCUCCGAGGGUUUACAGGGAGAGAAAGGGGACAUGGGAAAUAUUGGAAAAGUUGGACCACAAGGUCCAGCAGGCCUGAUUGGGAUAGCUGGGGUGAUAGGGGUUCCUGGUGAAAAGGGUGACCGGGGACCACCAGGUCCAACAGGUCCAGCCGGAGAGAAGGGGCCCAGGGGUUAUCCAGGGUUGCCAGGAAGCCCAGGGGACAUCGGCAUGCAAGGUGCACCUGGUCCACCGGGACCGAGGGGUAGUCCAGGCAUUGCUGGGCCAAAGGGUAGAAGGGGGCCCCGAGGUCCAGAUGGCCCACCGGGAGAACUGGGUCCUGAGGGCAUCAAGGGUGAAAAGGGGGAGAUCGGACCUAAAGGAGAGCCAGGCUUCAUAGGCAAGGCUGGAAAUUCAGGAGAGAGAGGCCCUCCUGGGAAGGCUGGAAAACCAGGUAUUCCAGGCAGCACCGGGGAGAGGGGAGCCCAAGGUGAACCAGGACCCAGAGGACCUCCUGGAGAGGCUGGACCUGAUGGAGAACAAGGGCCUGAAGGUUUACCAGGUUUAGAGGGAGAACCAGGUGCCAUUGGAGAGCCAGGGGCAAAGGGUGAUGUUGGGCCUCCAGGAGCUGAAGGGGAGCAGGGGCAGGAGGGAAUGAGAGGUCCUCCCGGUCCCCCUGGUGAAGACGGACCUCAGGGAAAAGAUGGAGCCAAGGGUGAACCUGGAGAGCGUGGGCCUUUUGGGGAGUCAGGGGAGAAAGGGACGGAAGGGGAUCCUGGACCCCUGGGGCCACCCGGAGAGCCUGGGAAACAGGGCUUCCGCGGUCCAGAAGGAAAAGUGGGUCCCCCAGGAAACAGAGGACGGCACGGAAAGAAAGGAGAGAGGGGUCCUCCUGGUCUUGCUGGGGAGAUUGGCACUCGGGGAGACAUCGGCCAGCCGGGCGAGCCAGGACUGAAAGGUGCCAGGGGAACUCGAGGCCCACCUGGUCAGCCUGGAGUCAUGGGGAUAGAAGGGCAACCAGGACUUCCAGGAUACCAAGGGCACCCUGGAAAGCCUGGGCCUGUUGGCCCGCCAGGACCCAAAGGUGAAAAGGGUUACCCGGGCGAGGACAACAGGACCCCAGGACUGCCAGGGCCCUUAGGUGAACCAGGGCCUCCAGGGGAACGAGGAGAGCGUGGAGAGUCGGGGGAUGAAGGCUAUCAGGGCUAUAUCGGUACCCCUGGACCUCGUGGGGCUUCUGGACCACAAGGCCCACCGGGAUCUCCAGGCUCCCCCGGAGAACCAGGCCCAAAAGGAGAAAAAGGAGCUCCGGGUUUGGCUGGAAAGAAAGGUGCAAGAGGUCUGGUUGGAGCUCCCGGCAUUGAAGGGCCGACUGGUUUACCUGGGCUCACAGGAAUGAAGGGUUAUCCAGGCCCUGAUGGCCCCCCGGGACCGACUGGCUUAGCAGGACUUCCAGGAAAGCAAGGUCGACAGGGUCAGAGGGGCUCGGUGGGACUGGAAGGGCCUGCUGGACGGCCAGGUCCCAUGGGAGAACUUGGACUUCCUGGACCUCCUGGAGAAAGGGGACCGCCUGGUCACAAGGGAGAACCUGGCCUACCAGGAGACAGGGGGGCCCCUGGAAUCAAGGGCAUGAAGGGGGCUGCAGGUGACCAGGGAAAGAAAGGAGACCCAGGACCCAAAGGACAGCCUGGGGAAACUGGAGAUCUGGGCAUGAUUGGUUUACAGGGCUUACCAGGACCUAAGGGGCCAACUGGUGAUUUAGGACUGAGAGGUUUCCCUGGUCCUAAAGGUCCUAUCGGUACUUUGGGCUUCACUGGACCUCUAGGCCCUGAAGGAAAAAUGGGUCCAAUGGGAAAACCUGGACCAAGGGGUCCAAAAGGAAACAGUGGUGAAAUGGGGCCUCAAGGACCACAGGGAAGCCCUGGACCCAGAGGACCCCCUGGCGCUCCUGGUCCAACAAGGGUGUUAUAUGACGACUUAGCAGUCUACAGUCUAUCCGCCUCCAAUGGUGCCCUGAGGACAGAGAGUUUCCAGAACAUGGAGAUGAGCAUGCCAGACCAGAAUACGGAAGUACUUAAGACUCUACAGUAUUUGAGCAGUGUGAUCGAGAGCAUCAAACAGCCUCUCGGGACAAAGGAGAACCCAGCUCGUGUCUGCAAAGACCUGCUGGACUGUCAGCACAAGUUAAAAGACGGUUGGUUCUGGGUUGAUCCAAACCUGGGCUGUACGUCUGAUGCCUUCGAGGUGUUCUGCAACUUUACAGCUGGGGGACAGACUUGUUUACAUCCAGUGUCAACUGAUAAGAUGGUAUUUGACAUAGGAAAUGUCCAGAUGAAGUUUCUCCAUUUACUGAGCAGUGAGGCUAGCCAAAGCAUCACGUUUCACUGCCUGAGUUAUCAACCCUCCAGCACCGCAGACAGCUUCAGCUCCAAUGGACACAAAGAGAACACCAGGCUUCGGUUUCGUGGCUGGAACAAACAGAUGUUUGAGAAAGACACACUACUUGAACCACAUGUGCUACAAGAUGAGUGCAAGAUCCAAGAUGGCAGCUGGCACCAAUCACAAUUCCUCUUCCAUACUCAGGACAGUGGUCAGCUACCAAUUGUAGACAUAGAGGAAUUUCCCAUUUCACAAAUCAACAGUCAGCGACGUGUAGAAACCGGUCCAGUCUGCUUCCUCUGAUACCAACAUCCCUGUCAUCGAAGCCACUUUUAUAAACCACUUUAAUCCACAGACUUUUAAAAUUUCCUACCAAAGAGAUGCUAGCACAGCAAGGCAGACUGUAUCCCCAAGAGCUUGUUGCAUUUGCAGGAGAGCUUCAACAGGACUUACUGUGAGACUAACAAAAACCCAACAUCCAAUGGCAGGCAGCUCUACGUGGAAGAAAUCAGUCUCUGUGGAACACACGUGCCAAAGAGGACAGUGUAUACUGAUAUUUAUCUAAUCAAUGUGUAAAGUGUUUGUUUAAUUUUCACUCAAAAGGUGCUUAGGGCCACUGCAUAUGGACCCAUUUUACUUCCUGAUCACAGGGGUAGGGCCUCACAUUGCAGCAGCCUGUCCAAAACCCAAAACUUAAACCUGCCAUUCACUCAUGUUCCACCCCUUCAACUCCCAAACACACCAUCCUUAGCAGGGGUCGAACCCAAAGGAUCAUGCCAGGCCUCUGCAGAGGGCACUGUCUAACUAAAGGUGCAAUAUGGAAAAUAUGUGUGCUUUAAAUAUUUCAUCGUCCAAUCAGAGGCUAUAUUUGAUAUUGUUUUUCAUGAUAUUUUGUCUUCGGUCCCAUCCAGUCGGACCUGUACAUCUUGACAGAUGGUACUCUACCUCUACCUGCUUUCAAAAAUAGUCAAGUUAGUCAUUUUUACCUUUGUUUUGUAUGUACCGGUUACAUCAGAAUUUGUUAUGUUGUUUGAAUGCUUAUGUUGAUUUGGUCACUUCUAAUUUAUGAACCAUGUUUUGAUACACAACAUAUUUUUCAUAGCUUUUCCUACUAUGUGGUAGUUUCCUCAGGGGAAACCUAUCAUUGGUGCUGCAACGUUUCCUGUGUAUAUAUUGACAGCAUACUUUAAUGUUUAUUUAUAACCUGUCUUUUUUUUUUUUUUUGGUUUGUUUUUUGAUUUAUUAUUAUGUUUGGUCACAUUACUGUACCACAGUAAGUUAUACUCUCAGAGAACUUGCUUACUUGGUCAACCACAGCUCGGUCUAGAGGAGUAUUUAUGUUUGAAAAGUGUGUGUGUGUGCGCAUGCACACCUGUGACUGUGUGUUCAUCAAACUGCUUUAUAAAUUCAUUCAGAAGUCAAAUGCAGCUACGGGAGGACAAAAUCAAAAAACACAGAAAACAGUCAUCAUACUCUUAAGUUAUGUUACCAUUAAUUAAGUGUAAUUAUAUAAAGUCUGUGGAGGAUAAAGUUGGAUGAAAAUGUGUAAAUAAAAAAUAAUUUUAGAAAUGAAUAAAUGGGACAUUUUAUCCACA